AUGUCCGCUCCAGUGCGCAUCGCCGUCCUCAAAUGCGACACUCCGAAUCCUGCCGUGCUCGCCGCAUAUGGCGAUUAUCGAGCUAUCUUCAGCACGCUCUUUGAGAAAUCAUUGCAAGCCUUCAAAGCAUCUGCGCCCGGCACCGAGAAUGUUGAGUUUGUUGUUGACGAUUUUCAUGUCCGCGAUGAUAUGAAGUAUCCCAAUAACAUCGAUCUGUACGAUGCUGUCCUCCUCACUGGUUCCUCCGCCUCCGCCUACGAAAACCUGGAGUGGAUCAACAAGCUCGUCGAAUUCGUCCGGUUUGUAGCAACUGAUAGGCCGAAUGUCAGAUUGAUAGGCAUCUGCUUCGGACACCAGAUCAUCGCGCGCGCACUCGGCGGCGAAUGCGUCCCCAACGACGGGAAGUGGGAGAUCGGGCCCACAAAAUUGGACCUCACAGAGGCAGGGAAGAAGCUCUUCGGCGUCCCAGAGCUGAACAUACAACAGAUGCACAGAGACCACGUCCCGAAGGUCCCUUCGUCUUUCCAUCUCCUCGGGAGCAGUCCCGUAUCCCCCAACCAAGGCAUGGUAGAGCUCUACCCUGGCGCAUCGCCGGAGUCUCUCAAGCCAGAAGACGUCCACAUAUUUACCGUGCAAGGGCACCCCGAAUUUCAUCAGCAGAUCGUGGACGAGAUCGUCAAGGCGCGUAGCUCGAUAGGCGUGUUUGACAACGCCAAUGUGGAAGACUACCAGCAACGCGCGGAGUGGAAGAAUGAUGGCGUAGAUGUGGUAGGGAAGACAAUUUGGAACAUUUUGUGUGCUGCGAGGGGAUAG